AUGAUGGUUCAAGCAAACAUACAAAAAGCUUUCAAAUACUUAAUUGCCGUUGUUCCCUAUCCUAUCAACCUGCAAACAACUUUUAGCUACACCUUUUAUGACGGUCCACCAUUUGCCACCGGCCUUCCUCACUAUGGUCAUCUUCUCGCCGGCACCAUCAAGGAUAUUGUAACACGCUACGCAUACAGUCAAGGUUUUCAUGUAGAGCGACACUUCGGGUGGGAUUGCCACGGCCUUCCAGUGGAAUAUGAGGUAGACAAGGCAAACAAUAUUACUGGACCUCACGAUGUGGAAGCCAUGGGAAUUGCAGCGUACAAUGAUAAGUGCCGGGAAAUUGUCAUGCGGUACAGCGAGCAGUGGAAGGUAAACUUGGUUUAUUCAGGCGUGAAGGUUAUGCCCUUUUCCACAGCCUGCGCCACACCCUUGUCAAAUUUUGAGGCUGGCCAGAACUACAAGGAUACCCAAGAUCCGGCUAUUGUUGUCACAUUUCCCCUGGAUAACGACCCAUCAACGGAGCUGCUGGCGUGGACGACUACGCCUUGGACUUUGCCUAGCAAUCUGGCCCUCUGUGUCCAUCCGGAUAAGGACUACGUCCGCUUGUUAGAUAAACAUCUUAAUCGUCAUUUCAUCAUGAUGGAGUGUCGUAUCGCCUCGCUCUAC